UUCAUAAUCUUAGGUGUGUAGUGUUUGUAUGCUUUGAUUCGAAUUUGUAACAAAUAAUGUGGUUUUUGUGUUUUGAACUUAUCCAUGACUUUCAAAGUAUGACCAUAGAAAUUUUGUAUAAAAGUAACAAGAAUUUUUUGAUAAGCAUAGUGGGUGUGGUAUGACCGUAGAAUUUUGUAUGAGCUUGAUGCAUAAUACGUCCACUAAAAUUUUAAUAAAAGCAUGAUGCGUAGCAUGGAUGUAAUGUUUUUAUAUGACGCGUAGUAUGAUCGUUGGAUAUCAUAGCAUAUAUAUGUUUUGAGUUUUCAUAGAUCAUUAAAUUUUGUCUAGUGUUUGUGACCAUACUCUUGUUGAGUGGUGAGAUGGGAUCUUGGGAAAGUGCGACUUCACCAUUAAUGAUUGGGGUUCCUUCUUCUACAGAAGGAGGAUCUCAUUCAAUGUUGGAUAGUGAUGAAGAUAUUCCUAAUGCUCAACCAUUACCUCAAGUCACUUUGGUUGACAGUGAUGAUGAGGGGGAAGUUUUUGAUGAGAAUGUAUGUAAGAUUGAUGGAGAGCCUCGAGCUCUUGAGUAUGCGAUAAUGGUACAUGAUUAUGAGGGUGACAAGAAUGAGUAUGUCGGGCGGUCCCUUCACUUUUUGAGGGACAACCCGAGGUCUAGUAUGACUAAGGGUGAUAUCCUACGCAUGCGACAUCAAUAUGAGAUUCAUUCUUCUAUACAAAUGCGACUUCCAACUAUCGCUGAGCGUCCCGAUUGGGAUAGUGGCGAUUGGGUUUGUAUGUAUGAAUUUCCUUUUAGGAUUGGCUUUCGAUUCCCUUUCCCUCCAUUUGUACAAGAAGUAUUGGACUAUUAUGAGGUAGCUCCUAGCCAACUUAUGCCAAAUGCUUGGAGGUUAUUGUUGGGUAUAGAAGUCAUAGUUAGAGUGAAGGGUAAGAGGGUUGACCUUGUAGAUUUUCAGUCAAGUUAUUAUCUUAAACAACACGAUACAGAUAAGGGUCGAUUUCUAUUCACUCUUAGAGCGAACAAAAAAGCUUGGGUAACGGAGCUGGUUCCGAGCAACAAGAGGGGUUGGAGGAAGAAAUAUUGUUUUGUCAAAGGUGACCUGUUUGGAACGAGUGAUUAUGAGGUUCCUACUUCAUGGAGAACCUUAAGUAAGGGGCUCACUCGAUGUCCUCGAGGGGGGUAUUGGUCCGAAGCUCGAGUUAACGACUUGCUCUCUAUUCCUUCCGAUCAAAGAGCCCAUAACAAGCUUCUUGUUUUGGAUAAAUCUUGUGUUGGAAAUUUGUGGAGAGGUGCGCAACGUCGAAGGUAGUAUUUUUUCACUCAA